AUGACUGAACCAACGGAAAUCGAUUGCUACCGCAUUCUGAAAGUGUCGAAAGGCGCGUCGUUAUCAGAUAUUAAAAAGGCAUAUCGCAAGCGCCUGUUGGAAACUCACCCAGACAAGAACCCGGGGAUAGAAUCAAGUCUCUUUGUCAAGGUCCAAAGUGCGUGGGAAACCCUGAGCGAUGCGUCGAAACGAUACUGUUUCGAUUGCAAAUACGAGAGGAUUAAACAAGAAUGGGACAAGUAUGAGGAGGCCUGUGGGCGGCAGAGGAAGACAACGACAGGUGCAGGCAGGCAGGGAACAGGAGAUAAAUUAUUUACGGAAGCAGACGUCCACGAAAUCCUAGAAAAGCUACGCCGAGCUGAGGCGGCCCUUAAGCGAGAAGGAGAAGAGAAACGAGCCCGAGAGAAGCGGCAAGAAGAGGAGAAGAGAAGACGGGAAGAGGAGAGGAGAAAGGAAGAGGAACGAAAGAGAAAAGAGCAAUUCCCGAAGAGCAGGAACGCAUUCGAUUUCUCUGCUAUGGAGGACGCGCUUGAUGACCUUGAUGACGGAUGGAGCGGGGGGCGAGGGUGGUCGGGCACAGCACGACAGCCGCCAAACCUGCCUCGCGAGGAGUGGAAUGGCAAUGGCAGCCACUGCCACCAUGAUCGGUGGUGGCCAUACGUCUAUGGUGCUGGCUCGUGCGAUUAUUGCGAUAGAUAUUGCCCAAUAUACCUUCUGGGCUGCCCUAGUUGCGACGCUCUGGCGUGUGUGCCUUGCAAGAUUCGGGUAACUGGUAGUUGA